AUGUUAUCCGAGGAGCAUUACCAGAUGUUAUUACAAACAGUCAAAGAGAUCAUCGACAAGGAGAUUAAUCCUUUUGUGGACAAGUGGGAGGAAGAAGGACAGUUCCCAGCACAUAAAGUAUUUAAAACCCUGGGACAGGCUGGAUUCCUUGGUGUGGAUAAGCCACCAGAAUAUGGCGGCAUGGGCUUGGACUUCUCCUAUAACAUUGCAGUGGCGGAAGAGCUGGGAAAUAUCCGCUGUGGAGGUGUUCCUAUGGCUAUUGGAGUGCAAGCUGGCAUGGCUACUCCUGCUCUUACAAGGUUUGGUUCUGAUGAGUUGAAAAAACAGUUCCUUGUACCAACUAUAGCUGGAGAUUUUGUGGCUUGCUUGGGAAUCAGCGAAGCUGGAGCUGGGUCGGAUGUUGCAAAUAUCAAGACGACAGCUGUGAGAAAAGGCGAUGAAUAUGUCAUAAAUGGCGGUAAGAUGUGGACUACGUCAGGGUGUCAAGCAGACUGGAUGUGCCUGCUGGCAAACACCAGUGAAGGACCUCCCCAUCGAAAUAAAUCUCUCAUAUGUCUGCCAAUGAAUCUACCUGGCAUUCAUGUUGCUAAAAAGAUAGACAAACUGGGCAUGAGGUCAUCGGACACAGCUCAGAUCUUUUUUGAAGACGUAAGGGUCCCCAGCAAAAACCUCAUCGGUGAGGAAGGAAAGGGUUUUACGUAUCAGAUGUUGCAAUUCCAAGAAGAGCGGCUGUGGGGAGUAGCCACUGUCCUGACACCGCUGGAAACUAUAAUACAAGAAACUAUUGACUACACUCGCCAGCGGAAGGUGUUUGACCAGUCCGUCCUGCACAACCAAGCUGUGCAUUUCCGCCUGGCCGAGCUGGCAACUGAAGUGGAGCUCCUUCGCUCGCUGCUGUACCGCACUGUGGCUCUCUAUGUGGAAGGCAAUGAUGUGACAAAAUUUGCUUCCAUGGCUAAGUUAAAGGCAGGUCGUCUGGCCCGUGAAGUGACUGAUAGCUGUCUCCAGUUUUGGGGAGGAAUGGGAUUCACCAGCGAGGUUCUGGUGAGCAGGUUUUACAGAGACUUGAGAUUAAUGUCAAUAGGAGGUGGCACAGAUGAAACCAUGCUUUCCAUCAUAUGCAAAUACAUGGAAACACUUCCAAGCAAGUGA